AUGCAUGCUGAUGAACACGUCAACCCCGAUGUCGAGGAGCAUAGUGCCAUAGAUCAGGCCAGUCAGCACCGGUAUAGGGUGUGGAAGAAAAACAGCCCUUAUUUGUAUGACUAUGUUUCCACGAACUCUUUAUUAUGGCCGUCAUUAACGGUGCAAUUCUUCCCUGAUUUGGAAACCGCAUCUUCGGAAAACCCGAAAGACAUUCAACUGCAACUAGUGUACCAAAGGCUUUUGCUUGGUACUUUUACGUUGGGUCAGGGUACUGACGUAAUAUCCUUCUGGAGGCUACCUUACUACCGUGAUUUGAACAAAAGCGUGAACAUGGAUCUGCUAAACUAUAAUUCAGAGAAACAAGAGUUUGAGCUCCCGGCUGUGUCGAAGAACAAAAUCAGGAGCUUGCAGUCCAUUAACCACUUGGGAGAUGUCAACAAGCUUCGCUACAUGCCGCAGAAUCCAGACGUGAUUGCGAGCUCAAAUAACAUGGGGAACAUGGUGGUUUACAAUAGAACGAAACACUCAAGUAUAAAAACGUUAGGAACUGAAAAUGAAAUUAAUGAACCUCAGCUUCGCUUGAUUAAUAAGAAUAGGACCUAUAGUGGAGAUAUUUUUGCAUUCGAUUGGAACAGGCAGAGAGAAGGUGUCAUUGUCUCUGGUAAUAUGGAUGGAGUCAUCAACUUAUUUGAUAUCAAAUCUGACUACAAAAAUCAGGAUGAUACGUCUAUCGGGGCCAGGCGUCAUUAUGAUACAAGUGUAGGAAUCAAUGAUAUCGAAUGGAUACCUAAUCAUGAUUCCAUUUUCCUAUCCGCUGAUGAUGCGGGAAACCUCAAACUAUUCGACAUAAGACUAGAAAGCCCAGAUGCUGUUGCUGUUCAUAAUUCAAAUGUAGCAUGCAAUUCAAUUUCAGUGAAUCAAGAUAGCUACAGUAUAGCCUCGGGUCAUAGUGAUGGCAGCAUCGGAAUCUUCGACGUUCGUACAUUGAGUGAGAAUAGCAGCGUUUGUUCAUUUCAGCCACAUUCUGAAGCAAUUACUCAAGUGAGAUGGCACCCUAAGUUUGCUAGUGUUUUGGGAAGUUCAUCUUCCGACAAACUGGUCAAGAUACACGAUUUAGGGUGUUUUGAACGCUGCAAUGGCCUACGCUUCAGCCACGAAGGACAUAUGCUAGGCGUCAACGACUUUGACUGGUCUUUGCAUGAAGACUGGAUGGUGGCCAGCGUCGCAGACGACAACUCGCUUCACAUUUGGACACCUGCCCAACAGGCUCUACGUUGUACAGUGUGA